AUGUCGGGUCUGUGGAUGUUACUCGUUGCCGUAGCAACCGUUGCUGCCGACGAAGCCUCCGACCCUCAAGGACUUCUUGAAACUGCUUCUGAAUCGACAUCACCGGACGAAUUCACAGUAUACGUCGGCCGUUGGACGGAAUGUUCGAUCCACGAUGUGGAAAAUAUUAAAACUAUAGAAAGGUAUAACAUUCGUGUCGAAUCUGACUCACUGGUACAUACCCCGCGUCUCGGCUUACAACGGCGACAGGUGCAGUGUAGAAGAAAAGACGGCCAAUUCGUUGAAAAUAUGUUCUGCGGAGCAUCCGUCUCAAACAUAGGCGCCACCCGAGUUUGUGUGAUGCGUGAAAAUUGUUCGCUGGGCGAAUGGUUGCCAUGGCGACCAAGGCCCGACGGCUCUCUCGUACGCACCAGAAGAUUACGAAGGUUACCGCAAGGAGGUGGCAAAGAGUGUGACGUUGUUGAGGAGGUCAGACCAGCUGCGAUGGAAGCCAGCGCCCAUUGGACGCCUGGUCCCUGGGGAUCAUGCCGCGUUGCUGUUGAAAUUUCUGCCACACCAGCACCUCAAAACGACGAAGACGACGACGCAGACGACGAUGACGCAAUCUACGAUGAAGAUGAUGAAUCUGAUGAGAAUGAAAAGGAGGUGGACGCGAGUUGUGGUGGUGGCGUACAGCGGCGAGAAGCAACUUGUAUUCGAGCUGAUGGACGUGCUUUACACCCGGCACAAUGUGCUCAUACCACCAUGCCCACUCUAGUACAGCCAUGUGAGGUACCUUGUCCCCGCGACUGUGAAGUGGGUGAAUGGAGUGACUGGGGAGCGUGUCAGCCAACUGAUGGCUGUCCACUGUAUCCUGUUCAGCAGCUUACCACUACAGGAUACAGCGUACGCCGACGUCGUAUUAUAGCAGCAGCAUCUGGCGGUGGGGCCCCGUGUCCGCCUCUAGAAGAAAAACGAACUUGCAGCACACCGCGCUGCGCGUCUUGGAAGGCCCUACCUUGGGGCGCCUGUGUUCUUAAUCAACAGCAUAGUACUUGUGGCCCAGGGAGACGCAGUCGCGAGCUACGAUGUGUUGGUCACGAUGGUAAGGAAGCUCAACGUGCAUGGUGCAGUGGUAGUGGGGCCCCAGCGCGUACCGAACGAUGUCGCAUAGCUUGUCCGGGUGAUUGCGUCGUCACCUCUUGGGGCGCUUGGUCUGCAUGUUCCGCGCCAUGUCUAUCUCCUGGCCAUGCCAGACCCACACGUACUAGACGGAGAUUCAUUGUAGCACAUGCGUCUCCUAAUGGCUGGGCCUGUCCCGCUCAAGAGCUAUUGAUUCAAAAUGAAACUUGCAAUACCCACGCAUGUGGGACGUAUUCGUGGCUAGCUACACCGUGGGGCCCCUGCGAACGACGAUCCCAAGAUUACAUUCCUGCCAAUAACUACACAGAUUUACUCGAUAGCGAUGUCUACAACCAAAGCGACGACGAAGAACCCUGUAUUGAAGAGGGUGAAAUGACAAGAGACGUUAUGUGCGUUCAGAAUAAUGCAGAUGUUGUGCGAGAGGCCCUGUGCUCACCACUUAAGCGUCCAGCUUCUCGACGCGCUUGUACUAUACGUUGUAAGCGAGGCUGUCGUGUUGAAUCUUGGAUGCCUUGGUCACCGUGCCCUAACACUUGCGAUCCCGGUAAGCAAGUACGCGUUCGGCGUGUUCAUGGAGGCCCUAAUUGCGGGCCCCUGCAAGAAUCUCGUGACUGCCCUGUACCUCGCUCUUGUGGGGCCCGAAGCCCUAGUUGGGUAACUGGCGAGUGGAGUACUUGCCGUUUGCCGCCUGCACAACGCUGUGGAAUUGGAUAUCGAGUUAGAAGUAUUUGGUGUGGAUCAGAAUCCCACCGAGUAGAAGCCGGCGCUUGCGCAGGCGAGAGUGUGCCUCCGAGUGUGGCGCCGUGCCGCGUCAACUGUGAUUUGAUUACUCCACUAGACUGUCAGACUGUGUGCCGAAAUCCUCUCAAGUAUCUAGACGCAUCAGACCCUGAUGUACCGUCUUGCGUCUGCAAGAAUGUAUCUUUAGAACUUUUGCCAGCCGACUCGGAUUGUAUCCUGCCUUCCGGCUUGGAAUGUGGUGAAGGCAGAUCAUUACGAGCUGCACGCUGCAUGGUCGGUGGUCGUGAUGUACCAAUGGAUGUCUGCAAGAAAUUCCAUCCAUUGACAGGGCCCCGUCGUGUUCGCGAAGCGUCAACAGAUGGUUUCACAUAUGACAGCGAAUUCGGCUCACUUUUACGUGGAACGUGUACGGUGCGUUGCGCACGAGACUGUACUGUAGGGCCAUGGGCAGCGUGGGGCCCCUGUGCUGCUGAGCCCGGUUCCAAAGCCGCAUUUCGAUUCCGAACUAGGGAAGUAAUUGAAGAGGGCUCUGCGGGUGGUCGCGAGUGUGGUGCCACAUUGCAGCGCGCUACCUGUUCAGAACUGGAGCCUCGCUGGGUCGUGGGCGAAUGGGACGUGUGUACACCAGACCGCAACCUUUGUGGACCUUCCUAUAUUAAAAGAGACGUCACAUGCGUAGACGGCCAAGGAAAUAAGUUGGACGACUCUGUAUGCGAGACUUCCGGUGCUGGGACUACACCAGAUCGUGUGACCACCUGUCACAUGCCCUGUCCGGCCGAUUGCGUACUCAGUCCAUGGUCUGAGUGGAGUCCAUGUGAAAUGACUAAAUGGGGUGGUCGUCGUGACCGUACACGCGUGGUACUGCGUCCGGCUGAGGUCGGUGGUAUGCGCUGUUCGCCAUUGGUAGCAGCAGAGCCGUGUGAACCUCUCACUUACUCUUGGCACACUGCGCCAUGGGACGACUGUCAACCCUUAGGAGGAUCACCCUGUGGUGAAGGAAUCAAGAGGAGAGCAGUUCGCUGCCUUCGAAGUGACGGAGUAUUCGUCAAUGAUUCUUUCUGUCCUAACGCAACAGCAAGUGAGGCUCGGGAGUCAUGGUGCUAUGUGCCAUGUGGAGUAGAUUGCGAAGUAGGAGAAUGGGGUUCGUGGGAUAGCUCGGCCUGUUCCUGUGGAGACGCUUCUACCACCAGGCAUAUGAGGAGAACAAGACAACACCUAAGCUCUGCGGUGUGGCCAGGUCGUGCAUGUCCACCAACUGAACAACGAGCGCCAUGCCCUCGAGAACCCUGCUUGCGACUUGUGGCAAGACCUCAACUGGGUUGCCAUGUACAGACAUCAUCAGGCGAAGAAGCUGAUAGUGCUUGUGGGUGGGGAGUUCGUGUAUCGCACGCUCGUUGCGAGCUCACGAGCGUCUCUGAUGAAUUGCUUACCGACGCUUAUCUAGAACCUUGGAGAUGCUCUACAGCGCUGCCUGGACGUAUUGUGGCUCCACCUAUGCAUCAUCAAGAGGACGAAUUAUGUGAAGUUGAAUGUGGUUGCAAUGAGUCAGAGUUCGGUCAGCCGGGACCAUGGGGCUCCUGGGGCCCUUGCCGUGGUGGAGCCCGAUCACGCACGCGCCAACUCUUAGUACCACCCAGACGUGCUUGUCGUACUUCUUCAAGAUAUGUAACAAUCGAAUGGGCGAACUGUAGCGGUGAUGCAGACGAGAUCCCGGAUUUGCUAGCCAUUGAGCCUCGGGAGGAAAAGCCUCGUCGCGUCGUCGUACGCAAGGAACACGUGUACCAAGACGGAUACAUUGAGGGGAACCUUACCUUGCUGUCGAUAGUAUGGUCAGCGACCAUAACGAGUACUUUGUACGGGUCGUAUAUGAUUUAUCGCGGAAUAUUAAGAUGUCUACGAAGCCGAAGAAUGAAGACAAUCACGAAAGUCUAA